AUGUCUGAAGAAUUCUACUAUUCCCAACUCUUCCAUGACGAGCAGCAACGCCGCCAGCUGGCUACUGCCGUCGAGUUUCCAUUCUCCGGAAGCUACUCCCCGGCCGCAUUCCCAGCCGACACGUCACCUCAUCUUCAAAGCUUCUCUGAUAUUCUGCAUGUGCCCGAAGACGAUCACAAGUAUUUGCUUCAAGAGAUUGUCAGGGGAGGCAGGAAACUGUCGCCGAAGGCCGCCGCCUGUAGUGGUUCCGGCAGCGGAGGAGCACCUGCCUCGCCCAACUCUUCCUUGUCGUCGUCCUCCACGGAGGCCGGCCGUGAAGACGAGCCGAGCAAGGGCAAGAAAGUCGGUGGAGAGGGCACGUCGUCGACCAAGAAAGAGAGCAAAGAGAAGAAGAAGAGAGGGGAUAAGAAGGAGAAGCAGGAAAGGUUUGCUUUCAUGACAAAGAGUGAGAUUGAUCAUCUUGACGAUGGUUACCGGUGGAGAAAAUACGGGCAAAAAGCCGUCAAGAACAGCCCUUACCCAAGAAGCUACUACAGAUGCACGACUCAACAAUGCCCGGUGAAAAAACACGUGGAGAGAUCAUUCGAAGACCCUUCAAUUGUGAUCACUACAUAUGAAGGGAAACACAAUCACAAUAUCCCUUUGAAUCUCCGUGGCCACGUGGCGCGCAUGCUUGCCCCGUCUAUAUUUGCUCCAGUAUCUCUCGAGACUUGCGGCCCAAGCUUCCCGCAUGAUCAUCACAAUGAUCUCUUGCUUCAUCAGAUGCCCGAUUAUCAUCAUCAACAUGCGACGAACCAUAGUAACUAUCACGAGUUCCAGCAGUUUCCGGAUUUCGGGCUCUUGCAAGAUAUAGUAUUACCUCCCGUUUUUCCGAAGCCUCAUUAUUAG